UCCAGUGUUCUUGCCUGGAGAAUCCCAGGGACGGCGGAGCCUGGUGGGCUGCCGUCUGUGGGGUCGCACAGAGUCGGACACGACUGAAGCGACUUAGCAGCAGCAGCAGCAUGUACGUGUAGAAGGGGCCAGGAAAGGUUUCAUGAAGGAGGUGAUUCCUAACUGAGUGUAAAAUGCAGAGUUAAUGACUAAAGCAAAAAGGUGGGAAAAAAGCAUUUCGGGCAGAGGGGACACCAACAGACAGGGCCAACUAAGGAAGCUUCAAUAACUAGGUUAGGUUAGGGAAUAAAACAUCAGGUAGGUCCAGAGGAAGAAAAGGCUAGAGAGACAUCAGAGUCUCACAGUUUUUUUAAUUAUAUAUAACUUUUAUAUCUUUUAGAUGUUCACCUUGGUUCAAUUAAGCUUUACCUUAUUCAUCUCUUACAUAAUAUGUACGCUAAGAAAGUCCCUCCUGGCCCAGGGCUUCAAUGCUUAUCUUUAUUUUCCUCUAGUUUCCAUUUUUAAAGAGUAUUUUAUUUUUGGUUCUGUCGGGUCUUAGUUGCAGCAUGCAGGAUCGUUGUUGUGGCAUAGGGGUCUUUUCUUGGCGGAGCACAGGUUCUUUGUUACCAUGCUAGGGCUUCUCUCUAGUUGAGGCACCCUGGGCUUAGUAGCUGUUGUUCAGGGGCUUAGUUGCCCGACCAGGGAUCAAACCCGAGUCCCCUGCAUUGUAAGGCAGAUUCUUAACCACAGUCCGUUAGGGACGUCCCUCCAUGUUUAAUAGUUUUCAUUUUAGUCCUUACAUUUAACAUUAAACAUUUCAGAUGUUUAAUCCAUCUGAAUCUGACUUUGGUGUGUAUAAGGUAAGCCUCAUUUGAAUUUUUGUGUGUGUGUCUUAGUGUUUAUCACACCUAUAUUAUCCGUUAAGCUUUUCUCUAUAACCCUAUUGUGUUAAUGGGUAAAAGGGGAGUGCUAGCUAAUAAAAUAUAUUUCCAGCUGGGCACAGUGCUUCAAGAAACAAGAGACAUUUCCCCGGGGUUUGUUCUUUGACUAAGCUGGGUUAAUCACUCCAGGUACAAAGUCACAGCCGUUUAGGAUCCUUCUUCGCAGGGUCCUUCUGCUAUUUUGUGUUUAUUGAUUAUAAAUUUCUUUACAGAGCCAACGGUUUCCACGGAGAGGACUUUAUUCUCAUGACCACUGAAGUGGGGACAGGGAGGAGGACUAUGUCACCACUGCUUGAUUUGUUUACUCCCACAAGAGAUUAGGUGGAGUCAGGUUUCUUCCCCUGAGGCUGGCUGGAAAUCAGACCGGUCCACCAAUCACAGGGCUCCUUACUGGGUACACAACUGCUGGAGAUUGCCAGGAGCCCCUAGCAACACCUUGGCUUUUGAAAUCUGGAAGGUGGGGUGCUGUGCAGUCAGCUCUGCAGUCAGUAGAGGAGCGUGCCAAUGCCUCAGGAAGAGUCAGAUCCCAGGAUGGACACCCCACCCUCUGAAGAACCCUUAGAUAAGCAAACCAAAAAACUGGAAGACCAGGAAGAAGAGAUGGAGUUUAAAGAGCUGGAUGGUCUGAGGGAAGCCUUGGCGAACCUCCGGGGGCUGUCCGAGGAGGACAAGAGUGAGCGGGCGAUGCUGUGUUCCCGCAUCCAGGAGCAGUCCCAGCUCAUCUGCAUCCUGAAGCGGAGGUCCGACGAGGCCCUGGAGCGCUGCCAGACCCUGGAACUGCUCAACAGCGAGCUGGAGGAGAAGAGGCUGCUGGAGGCCGAGGAGCUGAAGGCCAAGAACCAGCAGGCCCAGAAGCUGGAGGAACGCUUUAUGACCCUGGCCGCCAACCACGAGUUGAUGAUCCGCUUCAAGGAUGAACACAAAAGGCAGAACGCCAAGCUGAGAGAGGAGAACGAGAAGCUGAGGCUGGAGAAUGACCAGCUCUUCAGCCCAGCGCUGAAGGCCCAGGAGGCCAAAGUGGUGCUGCUCACAGCCCGGAGCAAGGCCCUAGCCACGGAGCUGGAGAGCCUGCAACGGAAGUACGCCCAGGAUGUCUGCCAGGCCCAGGCCCGAGAGCAAGAGCUGCUGGAGCUGCAGAACCGGCAGGCCUGCGCCCACACCGAGGAGACGGAGCGGCUGCGCUCGCAGCUGCAGAGCCUCCAGGAGCAGCAGCAAGAGGCCCUGCGGCAGACGGCCAAGGCCGAGCAGGCGCACAGCCAGCAGAACCAGGAGCUGCGGGCCCGGCUGCAGACCGUCACUCGGGAGAAAGAGGAGCUGCUGCAGCUGUCCAUGGAGAGGGGCAAGGUGCUUCAGAACAAGCAAGCGGAGAUCCGCCAGCUGGAGGAGAAGCUGGAGAUGGCCGACGUGGCCAGGAGGCACGCGCUCGAGCGCUUUGAGCAAGAGGCCGUGGCCGUCAACAGCAACUUGCGAGUCCGGGAGCUUCAGCGCAGGGUGGAUGGCAUCCAGGCCGCCUAUGAUGAACUCAGGCUGCAGUCCGAAGCUUUCAAAAAGCACAGCCUAGAUCUUUUAAGCAAGGAGAGAGAACUCAAUGCCAAACUCCGCCAUCUCUUUCCAUAAGGUUUCUGCCUCCUCUGGCCUCCGAUGGAGAAGUCAGAUAUCUGUGCCUUACUCUUAUGGCGACAGUCAAGAUGGUAUUCCAUUUAUUCUACUUUUAAGUACGAGAGACCACUCAAAGAAAAGUUACUUUACUACAGUGAUGUUGUUUACUACAGUGCCAUUGUAAGGGUAACACUGAUUUUUCAGUCCUACCACCUAGAAUACAUGAGAUUUACCAAA